AUGGGCUUACCAGGAACCGGGCUCGGGGCCUUCCGAGCAUAUUUCUUUGGAUACUUCAUCUGUACAGCCGGCUUCUUGUUUGGAUAUGAUACUGGAAUUGUUGGUGGUAUCCUCGAGUUCAAGUCCUACAUCAAUGAUUUUGGCUACAAGGAUCAGACAACCGUAAGUGCUGUGAUGGUAAGCUUGCAAAAUAUAGGCGCAUUCAUAUCAGCCUUGGGGAUCUUCUGGGUGUCCGAACGGUACGGGCGAAAGAAAACAAUCCAGGCAGCGAUGACCGUGUUCUGUCUCGGCGUGGUGUUGCAGGUGGUUCCUUCACACUCACUUGUUUGUUUCUAUAUCGGGCGGUUUGUCGCUGGUCUCGGUCUCGGUGCAGGCACUGCGGUGGUCCCAGCAUACAACGCUGAAAUGGCACCCAAAGAAAUUCGCGGCAAGCUCGGGUCAGGGAUGCAAUGGUUCUUUGCACUGGGUGUGAUGUUGAGCUACUGGAUUGACUAUGCCGUCAAGAUCACACUACCUGUGUCUUCAAAGCAGUGGCAGAUUCCCGUUGGUCUCCAGAUGGUGCCCGCUGGAGUUCUUGCACUCGGCCUCUUUAGUAUGCCCGAAAGUGUACGCUGGUUGGCCAAGAAGGACCGUUUCGACGAAGCAUGGGAGAGCUUGAAAUGGAUGCGAGCUAGCGAAGGCUCUGAAGUGAAGGCAGAGUUCAACGAAAUCAGAGUCGGACUUGAGGAAGAGUUACGAGCAACCGAGGGCUUUAAUAAGCGCGAACUCCUCGAGCCCGCAAACCGCUACAGACUGCUUCUCGCCGUUUUCAUGUUUUGCGGUCAGCAGUGCACUGGCAUGACCGCGCUGGCUUACUUUGGCCCGCAGUUCUUCAAACUGAUAGUCGGAAACAAUACCAAUCAGUCCCUUCUCAUCACUGGCCUCUUUGGAGCCGAGAAGUUCAUCACUGUUGGAAUUUAUAUCUUGUUCUUCUCCGAGAUGUGGGGACGGAGGCCGACGCUUUGGAUUUCAGCUCUGUUGAUGGCCGGGUGCUUCAUUAUUGUGACAGUCGUCAAGGAAACUACGCCAGAGCCGGAUGCAAAAGCAACCCCAGCUGGUAUCGGCAUGGUAGCUAUGAUCUUCCUAACGAACUCAAUCUACCAAUUCAGUUGGGGGCCAUUGCCAUGGCCAUACACUGCCGAGAUCUUUCCAACAAGAAUUCGGGAGAUUGGAACCUCGGUCGCAGUAUCAACACAGUGGCUUUUCAACUUCCUUUUCUCCCUAGUGACUCGCUAUAUGAUGAAUUCCUGGGGCAGUUAUGUUUUCCUUUUCUAUGCAAUCUUAGAUAUCAUCAUGGCGAUCAUUGUCUUUUUCUUUGUCAAAGAGACAAAAGGAAAAAGUCUUGAAGAGAUGGAAACUAUAUUUCACAGCAAGGCUGCAUUUGAUGUUGAUGCUGUCCGACGCAAAACGCUCGAUGCCGAUGAAGUUAAUUUCUACUGUCAUUUCUGUGGUGUGAGCUUCAAUAUCAUCUUUCGCCUCAAAUCUGGGGAGCUAGACGUACCUGGUCCUCAAGACGGCCAAUGCGAUACGACAGACCCAAUUAAUUCUGUGGAUGAUGAUGACACGGCUCAAGAUCCUGACUAUCUAUUCCAAAGGGAUUAUUACGAGAAUGAUCCAUAUGAAUAUGACUCUGAUUACGAAUCUACCGACGGCAUGAGCCUUGACGAAGAUGCGCAUGAGAAGGAGGACAGCGAAGGCAGUAGUAGUGAUGCAAAUACUGAUUCCGAGCGUCAAAUAUAUUACAAUUGGGUGUUGCAAACGUUUGACCCGAGAAGCGCCACGAGGGGAGAUCCCCAACUGCGCGUUGGAUAUUUUGAUAGUCCAAUGUCGGGCUACUCGGCUGAUGCUAUCUCACCCGAAGAGGCGAGAGGCUGUCGCACCGCCCAGUUCAUAGUGCAUAAAACUGCACCGAGGGACCAAUGGCAAGCUGACCAGCUACAUGAGCCCUGGGAGAUUGAUGAGGAUUGGUCUUUAACCGGGAUAUGUGAUGGAACCCCAUCGCGUGAUACGGGCAUCCCGACAGUGUGGCCCGCGCGAAAUGGGAUAGAAGAUGUAGAGACAGAUAAUGUGGACAUUGGAGUGCAAGACACAUCACCAGAUGAUAUAGCCAUACCCUUCCAUCCGUGGUGCUUUGAUAUCUUCUACCGACAAUCAAAAAUCCAGUUUCAGCGCAUCAAUGUUUCCGGACUGAUGACCUGGCGGAAUGCCGAGUUUGAUUGGGCUGCCUUUGGAUCAUUUCCUCGAGCCAAGGAGGUUAAAGCCUCACAGGAGCAAUGGUGGUCCCAUAAGCCUGGUACCGAGUAUCUGGUUUCCAAUCCCCUUUAUGUGCCCGGACUACCGGAAAUUCUUCUCUCCGCCGUCAAGGACGAAGGAUUGGGUGCCUCAUAUGACUCAUAUGAUGAGACUAGGUCGUCUCAAUCCCCGGCAAAUCGCCGUACUCCAUCUCACAAUGGCCAGGCCGACUUUCUCUCCGUCCUUCCGGCAGAAAUUCAGCUCAUAAUUAUUGAUUAUUUACGGUCUAGUGAUAUCACUAGUUUAAGCAUUGCUUCUAGGGCAUUCACUGAACUCCCAAACAGUGUGUGGUACAGACUAGUACGCAGGGAAAUGCCCUGGUUAUGGGAAGCCUGGGAUGAAUCCGAAUGCAAACACAGUCCUUCACUCUGGACAAAUGUAACGACAGCUGAGAUCAAGUCUGUUAUCAGAGCACGGAGUACCUAUGCCAAAGCCUUGUGUGAGGAUGACUAUACAGAGCAUGCCGCCGAGAGAGUUGCUGAGCACCGAUUUCCUCUAUCCGUGAUCUUGCCAGACCAGGUGAAAUUGCCUCGAAUGAACACUGACUGGCGUCAGGUACUUGUACAAAUUCAACUGAAUAGGGACAGACUUAAGGGGUUGCAGAAUCGACAGCGGAUCUGGGUGGAUGUCGAGGAGGUUGUGAGGCGUAUUCGCAUGUUUGAUGUGUGA